AACAUUAGUGAGAUUCUUAUUAUUAAUAGAUACAACAAAUUUAAAUAUUUUAUUUUCUUAAAAAAAAAUUUGAAAGAUUAUCUACUUCCUCCGUUCAGUAAUAUUUGAUGUUUAAGAUUUUUUUUGUAUCAAUUUAUUUGACGUUUACGGAAUUCCAAGUAAAUAAUGAUAAAAUAUGACCUCUUAUCCUUACAAGUUACAACUUAUAGUGAUACGAAGUCAAUUUUAACGUUACACUAACUGAAAAGAUUACAAUAGAAAUUGCAUCAUCUUUCUUAAUUUAUGCGCAAAUGUGUGGAACGUUACAUAGUAACGAACAGAGGGAGUAUUUACAAAAGAUUUUAUAAAAUAUUUCAUUUAAGCAAAGGCGGGCUAUUAUUACUCAGCUGUGUUAUUAUUACACUACUGAUUACCAUUUAUAGAGUAAUAUUGUUAGGCCGGGAGAAAGGAAAAAAGUAGAGAAAAGAGAAAAGGGCUUUUGUUGACCGACCCAAUGUGAAACUGAAACUCUCUUUCUCUCUCUCUAUUUAAAAUUUUGCCGACAGAGAAACGGGCACUUUGGUUCACUCGACACAUGCAUAUGUCAGUCUUAACUCUCUAACUCUUUCCCCGCAAUCCAUGCUCCCCUUCCUUUAACCUCUCAACAAAUUAUUUUCUCAUUUUCCCCGCAAUUUAAUUUUCUCUUUCCUUUUUUGGUUUUGAUGAAGCCGAAGAAUUAUUCUCCGAUGGAGAAACCCAUCUCCGUCGUGACAGGGAAAUUCCGAAGCAGCAGCAGCAACAACCACAGUAACGUCUGGUUCGUUGUCCCUCUCUUCAUCCUCCUCUGUUUCAUUCUCCUCUGUUUCGACUACUCUGCUCUCUACAUCACCGACACCGACGAAGCCGCUUCCUCCUUUUCCGACACAACCCAGAACUCAGUUUCUCGCGAAUCCACGAAAGACGUAAACCUUUCUCGAUUCCUCGACGACCCACUUCCCGAUUCCUGCUCCGGCCGGUACAUCUAUCUCCACGAUCUUCCUAGUAGAUUCAACAGCGAUCUGCUUGCGAGUUGCAGUUUGAUUACCAGAGGAACCGAGAACAACAUAUGUCCGUAUCUCGAAAACUUUGGUUUCGGUCCUGAGAUUCAGGAUCCCGAUAAUAUUCUGUUGAAACAGAGCUGGUUUGUGACGAAUCAGUUUAUGCUCGAAGUGAUUUUCCACAACAAGAUGAAGAAAUACACUUGCCUCACCCAUAACUCCUCUCUAGCCUCUGCGGUUUUCAUUCCCUUCUACGCAGGUAUCGACAUGAGCAGGUAUCUCUGGGGUUUCAACAUUACCGUUAGAGAUUCCUCCUCCCACGAGCUGAUGGAUUGGCUUGUGAAACAGAGAGAGUGGAGUCGCAUGUCCGGUCGAGACCAUUUCUUCGUUGCCGGAAGGAUCGCUUGGGAUUUCAGGAGACAGACUGAUAACGAAUCCGACUGGGGGAGCAAGCUCAGGUUCUUACCCGAGUCGCAAAACAUGUCGAUGAUGUCUAUCGAAUCGAGCUCUUGGAACAACGAUUACGCUAUCCCUUACCCCACCUGCUUCCAUCCUUCAUCUGUGGAUGAGAUCUCCGAGUGGCAAGAUCGGAUGAGGUCUCAAAAACGGAGGUAUCUAUUCGCCUUUGCGGGCGCUCCAAGGCCUGAGUAUAAAGACUCGGUUCGAGGGAUAAUCAUAGAUGAAUGCUUGGAGUCAGAUGAUCAAUGUUACUUGUUAGACUGUAACUAUGGGAAAGUGAAUUGUGAUAACCCUGUCAAUGUGAUGAAGGUUUUCAGGAACUCGGUGUUCUGUCUUCAGCCACCGGGAGAUUCUUACACCAGAAGAUCCAUGUUUGAUUCGAUACUGGCGGGCUGCAUCCCCGUGUUCUUCCAUCCGGGGACAGCGUACGCUCAGUACAAGUGGCAUUUGCCCAAGAACCACAACAGUUACUCGGUUUAUCUACCGGUUAAGGAUGUGAAGGAGUGGGAUAUCAAGAUCAAGGAGAGGUUGCUUGAGAUUUCAGAGGAAAGAGUGGUGAAAUUGAGAGAAGAGGUGAUAAAGUUGAUACCGAGUGUGGUUUACGCUAAUCCUAGUUAUGGAUCGGAAGGGAGUGAAGAUGCAUUUGAGCUGGCUGUAAAGGGGAUGUUAGAGAAGAUUGAAGAAGUGAGAGAGGUGAUGAGACAAGGGAAGGAUGGUGGUGAAGGUUUUGAUGAUAGAGAUGAUUACAAGUAUACAUUUUCUCCAUAUGAAGCUCAAGUUUUGACAUAAAGAUGAAAAUAUGUCAAUGUGUCUUUUUUAGUUUAUGUAGGUAGAAGAUGCAAUCUGUUUGCUCUAGAGUGAAAAAAAAAAGUAUUUUGAAACAAAGAUAAUCUUCUCAAUAAUUUUGGUUAACUUCAUGGAUAUUUUGAUGAA